AUGGUUCUUCAAGAUAGUAAGGGUGGUAGGAUUCAAGCUUCCAUUCCAAAAUCCUUGGUGAAGAAGUGGAGGGGAGUGAUUAUUGAGUUUCAAAUGUACACUAUGAGCAACUUUAUUGUAAUUAAGGAAACCAAUCCUAUGAAGAGAGUCACACCAGGAACAUGGGUCCUUACUUUCUCACAUAGGACUAGGGUUGAUCAUGUUGUGAAUCCAAGUUUUCCACUUCAGCCUUUUCGCUUUAGGACGAUUCCACAGCUCAUCAAUGCUGGAAGCUUGGUCGACAAUGAUCUUUUUGAUCUUAUUGGCGAGAUUGUUGGGAAGGAAGAGCCCAAAGAUUUAAUCACUAAUAAAGGGAAAGAGACAAGACGUCUGGCGAUUGUGUUGCAAGAUCUCGAGAACAAUAGGAUUAAUUGUGUGCUGUUUGGUGGCAUGGUGGACCAAAUACUACCACAUUUUGAGGAAGGAAGGGUGGAACCACUUAUUGUCGUGCUGCAGUAUUUCAGAGCAACCAGGUGGAAUGGUAUGUGUUUAGGGUUGUACAAGGUUUUUGUUUUUUGUGAACAAAUAAAAAUACCAUCAAUAACAACAUUAAGAGCUAACUUGACAAGAUAUUAA